AUGGCCCAUAGUUACAAAGACAAUUUCCACCCUUUACUAACCACAACCAUUUAUGCCUAUUACAUCUUCUUCUCACUCGAGUUACUGCUAGCCGUGGCAGCUUCUUUGGCUCGAACCCUACUUGGGGCUGAGCUGGAACCACAAUUUGACGAGCCUCACCACGCUACGUCGGUCCAAGACUUUUGGGGGAAAAGAUGGAAUCUCAUGGUUUCUAGUAUCCUACGCCCUACAGUCUACCAUCCAACUCGUGCGAUCUUUAGCCAUCUGGUUCCUGCAAGAUGGGUAUCAGUGCCUGCUGUUUUCACAACGUUUCUAGUGUCUGGGAUCAUGCACGAGAUGAUCUUUUACUACCUUGGUCGGUUCACCCCAACUUGGGAGGUCACUUGGUUCUUUGUAAUUCAUGGGGUUUGGGUUGGAACCGAGAUCGUUCUCAAGAAAACCAUGAGUCGACGCUUUGAGCCCCCGCCUCUUAUAUCUCGGUCAUUAACAUUGGGGUUUGUGAUAAUUACGAGCUUUUGGUUGUUCUUUCCCCCAUUCUUGAGACUAAAUCCAUUUGCUCGAGGUUGUAGAGAGAUGAUGGCAUUUGUAGGGGCUUUUAGGCAUUGGCAUCUGAUUAGUCCUGAUGAGUAUUCAUGUCCAUACUUUUAG